UGUCAUUAGGCUAAAUUAGGUUAUAUAAUAUUUACCAAGCCAACCUAUUCCAACCUAUAGCUUGACUUGAUCUAGGCAGACGAAUCUGUCCUAAUGUAAACCUAAUGUAUCCUAACCCUUUUUUGAAUAGCACUGGAUCGAUUUGUUGGGUCACAUGCCAAAGCAACGACAUAAACUUUACAGAUGACGUUUGAUAAAUCCUAGCAUGAUAAGAGAAAUCUUGAGCAACUUGCCUGAGAAAUCAUUUGAGAUGAAUUGGUGUGUUCUGUUCUUUGUUAGCAUAAAAACAAACAAACAAAGACAGUGCAGUCUGGAUGAACUUCAUAUUUGCCAGAUUGUUUUGGAAGAAUGCCAGAAAUAGCAAGUGAAGAUAUAUGUCGCGUUUGUAGAUGCGAGGGUUCCAGCGACCGUCCUCUGUUCCACCCCUGCAUCUGUACUGGUAGCAUUAAGUUUAUCCAUCAAGAUUGUUUAGUGCAAUGGCUUCGUUAUUCCCGCAAAGAGUACUGCGAACUCUGCAAACAUCGCUUCCACUUCACACCAAUAUACUCGCCAGACAUGCCCAAGAGAUUACCCAUAGCAGACAUCCUAGCUGGUUUAGCACGCAGCAUGGGCACAGCCAUCCGUUACUGGCUGCACUACACAUUGGUUGCUGUGGCAUGGCUUGGGGUUGUACCGCUGACAGCCUGCAGAAUAUAUCGUUGCCUCUUCACAGGCUCAGUUUCCUCAGUGCUCACACUACCACUUGACAUGCUUUCAACGGACAACUUAGUGUCAGAUAUCUUCCAUGGGUGCUUUGUCGUGACAUGCACACUAAGUGCUUUUAUCAGUCUGGUCUGGUUGCGGGAACAGAUCCUCCAUGGGGGAGGGCCAGACUGGCUAGAUCAAGAAAUACAGCAUGAGCAUGAGCCACCUGGAAAUUUUGGAGCAGUCAAUCAAGUGAAUGGACAAAUUCCAGUGCCAGUGGCCAAUGAAAAUGUUGCGCCGCAGCAGCAAGAAGUGGCCAACGAAAACCUGGACAUCAAUGAUGAUCCAGGCAAUCAAGAGCUGGCUCCUGUUCCAGCAAAUCAAAAUAUAGGGGAAGGAGGAGAGGGUGAGAUCCUCCAUGAGGGAGCUCCAGGCAACAACAACCUUGACCCAGGAGCUGCAGCAGAUGACCUCAACUGGAACCCCAUAGAGUGGGACAGGGCCGCCGAGGAGCUCACCUGGGAGCGUCUACUGGGUCUCGACGGCUCACUCGUGUUUCUGGAGCAUGUGUUUUGGGUGGUCUCCCUCAACACUAUGUUCAUACUUGUCUUUGCAUUUUGUCCAUAUCACAUCGGGCACUUUACCAUAGUUGGUUUUAAGCUAAAAGCGUGGGUGUCUGCAUCACAUUUUGAGGGUCUUCUGACAGCACUGUGUGGGUACUGUGUGGUUGGGUUAUGCCUGGUGCUAUUACAUACACUGGCUGCAAUUAUCAGGCUUAACAGGUCAAAGCGUGUCCUAGGUUUAUGUUACGUUGUAGUUAAAGUUGCUCUGCUGAGUGUAGUGGAGAUUGGGGUCUUCCCGCUGAUAGGUGGCUGGUGGCUGGACAUUUGUUCCCUCUCUCUCUUUGAUGCAACGCUAAAGGACCGAGAGGUGAGCUUUAAGAUGGCGCCAGGCACAUCCAUGUUCAUCCAUUGGCUGGUGGGGAUGGUGUACGUCUUCUACUUUGCUUCGUUUAUCCUCCUCCUGCGGGAAGUGCUGAGACCAGGUGUGCUGUGGUUCCUCAGGAAUCUCAAUGAUCCAGACUUCAAUCCUGUUCAAGAGAUGAUCCACCUGCCUAUUGUGCGCCACACCCGACGUUUCUUGGCCUCCAUGGUCAUAUUUGGUUCCACAGUGUUGUUGAUGCUGUGGCUUCCAAUAAAGAUCAUUCAUGGACUAUGGCCUUCCUUUUUACCAUAUCAUAUUACACUCUCAAGUGAUACCCCAGUGAGUGAGCUGUCGCUGGAGCUGCUGUUGCUCCAGGUGAUACUCCCAGCACUGCUAGAACAAGGUCAUACUCGAGUUUGGCUCAAGCUCUUGGUCAGACACUGGUGUGCCGCUGUGUCUCACAUUCUUGGAUUGAGAUCAUACUUGCUUGGCGAUGUGGCUCUUGACGCUCAGGGAGGUGGUGUUGUGAUUGGUGGUGACACAGUUGGAGCUGCUGGAGAAGGUGGUGCAGCUGGUGCGGCUGCUCCUCCAGUGGAAGUAGAGCAGGCUGAUCCCGAGCUGGUGGAAGGCCUGGUGAACCCUGUUGUUGGAGGGCCUGGAGGUGGAGAUGCCCUGGGAGGAGGCCUUGGCGCGGCACAUCAGGCAUUGCUCCAGCGAGAUGGACCGACUGGUUUCCAGGCUUAUGUACGGCCGAGAUGGUUUGGUGUGCGUAUCUUGGGCUUGGUGGUCAUGAUGUGCGUGAGCUUGACAGCAGCAUCCAUUAUAUGUCUGACACUUCCAGUCUUAGUGGGUCGGCAGUGCAUGUAUCUUGCCCUUGGUGACACCAAAGUUCAUGAACUCUACACUGGUGCAUGUGGUCUGUACCUGUGUUUGCUUAGUAUUCGAGGCAUCACUCUCCUCAUCUCAUGGAUAAUGCUGGGAUGGUCACAGGUCAUCUUGCGCUUGAAGCAAUGGGGCAUCAUGGGCACCAAGGCACUAGUGGCGCUAGUGGUUGUGGCGGUAAUUGUGCCAUUGAUGGUGGGCGUUCUCAUGGAGUUGGUCAUUGUUAUCCCUCUGAGAGUUCCCCUCCAUCAGACGCCAAUCAUCUUCCUCUGGCAGGACUGGGCCCUGGGUGUCCUGUACACAAAGAUCAUGUGUGCAUUGGUCAUGAUGGGUCCAAACUGGUGGCUCAAGACAAAUCUGGAACAUAUCUACUUGGGUGGAGUACGUGGCCUGGACCUGAACCUCCUUGUGGGCCAAACGGCACUUCCAGUCAUUGCAAGCCUAGGUGCCUGUCUCACCAUUCCCUAUGUCACAGCACACACACUGGCCCCUCUCUUUGUACCCCCUAGUGCACUGGUCCUGGUGGAGCGUCGCAUAUAUCCUGCACUGUUGAUCAUAACACUGCUGUCUACCCUCAUCAUCAUGCAAGUUGUACAGUUCACCCGUCUUUACGAACACAUAAAAAAUGAUAAGUACCUGGUUGGGCGGCGACUCGUGAACUACGACCAUACUAGCACCCAGACCUCUUCCCCAAGGCUCGAAAGCGAGAUCACCCCAUUUGUCAGGUGAAGGUGACAGGAGUAGGAGGUAGAUGCCCUAAAGUAUGCCUGUGAAUGGAAGUUAUAUAUUUUGUCUAGGUGU